UUCCAGCAACUCACACACUCACUCAACCCAAAUCCAUUUCCUUAAUUUCUCAUCUGUUCUCUCAUAACUCUCAUGGCCGCAUCAUCAUCUUCUUCUUCUUCUCUGAAGUUUACAGUGCGAAGGUGCCAACCCCAGCUGGUGCCUCCUGCUAUUCCCACUCCUCAAGAAGUUAAGCCACUUUCCGACAUUGAUGAUCAAGAUGGUUUGCGUUUCCACAUUCCCUUCAUACAAAUUUAUGGAAAGAGAGCAUCAAUGGCAGAGAAAGACCCAGUUCAAGUCAUUCGCCAAGCACUGUCACAGACACUUGUCUUCUAUUACCCAUUUGCGGGUAGGCUUACAGAGGGGCCUCACCGCAAAUUGAUGGUGGAUUGCACUGGAGAAGGUGCCAUGUUCAUUGAGGCUGAUGCAGACGUCACGCUUGAUCAGUUCGGCGAUUCUCUCCAGCCUCCAUUCCCAUGCUUCCAUGAACUUCUAUAUGUUCCUGCCCCACAACAAAUUACUGACACUCCCCUUCUAAUCGUACAGGUGACACGUCUUAGAUGCGGUGGUUUCAUCUUGGCUUUCUGCUUCAACCACACCAUGUGUGACGGAGCUGGUCUUUCACAAUUCAUGAGGACGUGGACUGAAAUGGCUCGUUGUGCAACCAAACCUUCCAUUCCACCUGUGUGGUGUAGGGAACUCCUGAUGGCAAGACAUCCACCUCGUAUUACAUGCAACCAUCGCGAAUACGAACAUGUCCCAGACACAGUCAAUGGAGCCGUCACAUCAAACCAACAUGACAUGGUGCUUCGAUCGUUCUUCUUUGGACCUUCCCAAAUAGCUACUAUACGUGGCUUGGUUCCACCCCACCUUCAGCACUGCACAACGUUUGAUCUCAUCACGGCAUGCUUCUGGCGCUGUCGUACAAAAGCAUUGCAGAUAGAGGCAGACGAGGAUGUUCGCAUGAUGGUGAUAGUGAAUGCACGUGCAAGGUUGAAUCCUCCUUUACCAGUUGGGUACUACGGCAAUGCUAUUGCAUACCCUGCAACAGUUACCACUGCAGGGAAGCUUUGUGAAAAUCCAUUUGGGUAUGCUGUGAAUUUGAUAAAUAAAGUGAAGGGUGAGGUGACAGAAGAAUACGUACAUUCUGUUGCGGAUCUAUUGGUGUCUAAGGGACGGUGCUCUUUCACAGCGGUGAGAUCUUUCAUUGUGUCCGAUUUGAGACGUUUUAGUUUCAGAGAAAUUGAUUUUGGUUGGGGUAAAGCAUUGUAUGGUGGAAUAGCCAAAGCUGGAGCUGGAGCAUUUCCUGCAGUAAUAUAUCUGACAUCGCAUGAGAAUGCAAAUGGAGAAGAAGGUGUAGUUAUACCAAUUUGGUUGCCUGCCGAAGCCAUGGAAAGGUUUGAACACGAGUUAUGUGACAUGCUUCGAAACUAAAACCAACCUACUUCCAUUUCUUUUUCAUGUUUAUAUAGUUUCUAUGUAAUUAAGAGAAUUUUGGUUUAUAUUCUAGAAUAUUGACCAAAACCAAACUAAAACUAGGAGUCCUAGUUUAAUCACGUCUACCUUAUCGUUUGUUAAUAGCUUAUGAAAAUAAUAAAUUUUGAAAUACCAAA